GGCGGCGGCGCGUGGCAGCGGCUCCCGCUCGCGGGCUCCGAGGCGCUGAGCGCGGGCCCGGCCCGGCCCGGCCAUGACGGACUUCAAGCUGGGCAUCGUGCGGCUCGGCCGCGUGGCCGGCAAGACCAAAUACACGCUGAUCGACGAGCAGGACAUCCCGCUGGUGGAGAGCUUCUCCUUCGAGGCUCGCAUGGAGGUGGAUGCUGAUGGAAAUGGUGCUAAAAUAUUUGCUUAUGCUUUUGACAAAAACCGUGGAAGGGGAUCUGGCCGCCUGCUGCACGAGCUGCUCUGGGAGAGGCACCGUGGAGGGAUCGCUCCGGGAUUUCAGGUGGUACAUCUGAAUUCAGUGACCGUGGACAACCGCCUCGACAAUCUGCGCCUUGUCCCGUGGGGGUGGAAACCCAAAGCUGAAGAUCUCUCCAGUAAACAAAGGGAACAAAGCCUGUAUUGGCUGGCAAUCCAACAACUCCCUACAGACCCUAUAGAAGAGCAGUUUCCUGUACUGAAUGUAACACGAUACUACAACGCUAACGGGGAUGUUGUGGAGGAGGAAGAGAACUCAUGCACAUACUAUGAAUGUCACUACCCCCCAUGCACAAUGAUUGAAAAGCAGCUACGUGAAUUCAACAUCUGUGGCCGCUGCCAGGUGGCCAGGUACUGCGGGUCGCAGUGCCAGCAGAAGGACUGGCCUGCGCACAAGAAGCACUGUCGGGAGAAGAAAAGGACCUUCCAGCAGGAGCUCGGACCCGAGCGAUGACCGGGCGGCACAGGCCUCUCAGCAGCAGGAUUCCUUCUCAAAGGCAUUGGACUCUUGCUUUUGCACAGUAAUGACAGACUGCUUAUUGAAGCCAGAGGCACUGAAGAAGAAAAAACCCUGUGAUGCUUGAGCAGAACAGCUGACUGGACGAAGCCGGCUCUGACUGGUGCUGUGGAAAGGGAUUGGGUCUACCCUUCCAGUAUUAUAUUCUCAAGCAAAAAGACUACUGUGGAGGCUCCAGGCAGGAAGCUUCUCAUUAUUUAUAUGUUAAUACGUUUGUAAACUCAUGUACAGUUUUUGUUAGAAAUUCUUGAUAGGACUCAUUACCUGUAAUGUGCAGAUGAGAACACAUUGUUGGCCUCAAAGUUUAAAAAAAAAAAAAAAAAAAAAAAGUCAUGUAGCAAAAGCUUUUCCUCCCAUGUGGCUAGAAGUGUCUGUGGCUGUGCCAAGGCCAGGAGGCUCUGACAUCAGCACUUGCUCUGGAGAACUCUGCAUGGAAGUUAUAUUUAAAAAGAAAAAAAAAAAAAAAAAAAAGGCAAACACAGUAAAGGUUGGAAUGAAUCAUUGUGUGCUCUCUAGUUUUCUGCUGUUCCCUGCCGGGUGCUUUCAGAGCACAGUCACACUUGGGUGUUGGACGUGCAUACCCAAUAGGAGCUGGGACAGAGCGUGGGACCACAUGGGAUUGCUGUGAGCAGGCAGGCUGUGGUGCUGCUUCCUUCAGAGCACUGCUGGAGUCCGUGUGUUAAGCAAGCAGUGCUUUUAGAAAGCUGAGCUGGCUUUCUUGUCACAGAACCCUUGUACAGAAGUAGCUGUAGGGAAGCUCAGGUAGGCAGCUGCCUGGGGCUGCGGUUGCCAUCGUGGCUUCCCUGGGAGCACAGCAAAUACUGUGAUGUGCAGAUAUGUCUAAAUGACCUAAUAUUUGGUGAUUGAGUUAUUUAUUUAAAGAGAAAGUGUCAAACCAAGAAUCUUUUUUUUUUUUUAUUUAGUAAUAAGGAUUUGACGUGCAGAGUACGUGCCUGUUUGUUUUCAGGUGUUUUCUCAUGUAUAACUUGAAAGUUUUUUUCUUUCUCACUUUUGCCUUAAAGGUGUAUCGCUGAGUUUCCUGAAGAACUACAUGAUUUAGUACCAGGUGUUAGUCUUGCUUCGCAGCUAAAAAAAAAUGUGAGUUGCUGAAUUCUGAAAGCAGAGCCUUUCUCUGAAUGCUUCUUGAAAUAGAUUUUUUUUUUUAAACAUGAAAA